AUGGAGAUACACAAAGAAGCUAGUGAUGAAGAAAAAGAUGAUAACAACAAUCUGGUGGAAGUUAAUAACGACAGUGUAGCUAAUUCUUCAAAUGGAAAAGAAAAAAAUAAGAAACUAUACGAAACAAUUGAUUUGCAUCACUUGGUGAAUGCUCUGCCAUAUAUCGAUUCGUAUGAUAACGAAUUUGAACAAAACGCAAAAAAAAUGGUAGAAGAAGAGAUGAAUUUAAUGAAUAAAAAAAAAGAGAUAAAAAAUUAUUUAAAAAAUUUCCCAGUCCCACAAUCCGUAUAUGUAAAUAAUGAAAAUUCAAUUGUACAAAAUGAGUUAAACAGAUGUGAACAGAAUAAAAAAAUGGACAAGCUAAAUUUAGAAUAUUAUAAUAUUGAAAAUGAUAUAUUAAAUGAUAAUAAGGAUAUAGAAGAAUGGAAAAAAACAUUAAAGAAACAUGAACUAAUUUUAGAAAAUUUACAUAAUGCAUUAAUAAAUAUGGAAUUAAUGAGUAAGUAUAAAGAAGUCAUGUGGUGUGAACAUAUGAAAGUAUUCACACACAUUGAUAUUAACCUGCAAAAUAAUAUUAAAACGCUAAAGGAAGAAAUUGACAAUAUAAACAAACAAAGAAAGCUACAUCAGUUGAGUUACGUUAAUGAUUUAUCCACUUUGCAAAACGAAAGAAAAGAAUUUAAAAGGAAGAAUUCACUCGUUAUUAAUGAAAUAAAAAAGUUAUCGCAUGAAAAUAUGCUUAUGCAGUAUAAGAGAAACAUGAUAUGA